AUUAAAAAAAUUUUUAAUUCAUUAAUUUUUAUCAGUACUCCUUUAAAUAUUAGUUUAAUAUGAAAUUUUGGUUCUAUAUUAGGAUUAAGAAUAACUGUUCAAGUUAUUUCAGGAUUUUUUUUAUCUAUACAUUAUAAUUCUGAUAUAGAAUUAGCUUUUAAUAGCUAUAUUUUUAUAAGAAAAAUUUUUUUUAAUGGGUUAAUUUUACAAAUAGUUCAUGCCCAUUUUUCUUCUAUUAUCUUUAUUAUUAUAUACAUUCAUAUUUUAAAAUCUUUAAUAAAUAAAUCUUUUAAUAAAAUAUUUAUGUGAUUUAGUGGGAAUAUUAUAUUAUUUAUAAUUAUAGGUUCAGCUUUUUUAGGAUAUGUUUUACCUUGAGGUCAAAUAUCUUUUUGGGGAGCUACUGUAAUUACUAAUAUUUUAUCUUCAAUCCCUUUUGUAGGAUUAAAGAUUACUAAUUGAGUUUGAGGAGGAUUUUCAGUAGAUAAUCCAACUUUAAAUCGUUUUUUUUCUUUACACUUUUUAUUACCUUUUUUAAUUUUAAUUAUUUCUGUAGUUCAUUUAAAUAUUUUACAUGAAAAGGGUUCCUCUAAUCAAAUAGGAAUAUAUUCUUCUAUAGAUAAAAUUUUUUUUGGUAAAGUUUUUAUGUUUAAAGAUUUCAUUUCUUUGUUUUUAUUAAUAUUAUUAUAUUUUUUUUUUUUUUUUUUUUUUAUUGAUCAUCAUUAUAGAAUAGCAAAAGAAAAUUUUUUUCCUGCUGAUCCUUUAAAUACUCCUAUUCAUAUUAAACCUGAAUGAUAUUUUAUAUUCGCUUAUUCUCUUUUACGUUCUAUCCCUAGAAAAAUUGGAGGAAUUAUUAGUUUAAUAAUUUUAUUUGUUUUAUUUUUUAGUUUAUUUCUUAAUAAAUCUUUUCAUUCUAAAUUUUUUUUUCUAAAAAAAAUUAAAAUUUUAUUAUUAAUUAUUUUUUUCAUUAUUAUAACUAAUUUAGGGUAUAAACUUAUUGAAUAUCCUUUUACUGAAUUAUCUUUAUUCUUUGGGUUAGUAUUAAUGAUAAACAUUUUUUUUUUAUAA